CGUGGAGUUGUUUUUUGGAUUUUGUUGUUAACGGUUCUCGUCCGCACGGUCGCUCGCUUCGAUUCGAUUCGAUCGUCCGCUCGUCCCCGUUCGUGCGCUCGUUUGUCCGCUGUUUGUGUUUUGCUUUCAAAUUAACAUAAAACCAAACAAAACAAAACAAAACAAAAAUAAAAUAUUUAAUACGAAACAAAAAGAAAAUUCAGAAAUAUAAAGAAAGAAAGGUUUCCCCCCACCCCAACCCCUAAUCAUCCCACACAGUAUAAGAAGUAUAAAAAGUAUAUAAAAACCCAAUGUUGCAUAUAUGUAGUAUCUAUGAGAAAUUGUUAAAAGAGAUGCCCCUUUAAAAUACCAAUACCCCCCAUAAAUAACCCAUAAAAACCCCCCACAACAAGUGCAAUUCGAAAGAAAGUGCAAAACGCAUUGUAGCUGAGAACCAAACCACAAAUCACAAAUCACAAAAAUAGGAGAGCAAAGUGUAUAUUUCUUAAAAUAUAUACAUACAUAUAUAUUCAUAUUUGUAUAGAUAUUGUAUAGUGGCUGCAAAGUGCAAAAAUCAUCAUCGUGGAGAUACAUUCUCAGCAGAGAGAAGAGAAGAGAGAAGUGAACUCUGUUAAUCAGACAUCAAGGAUGUCACUGCCGCGCGUGUGAGUGUCAAGUCAGCAUUCUCAAGGGAUAAGCAUCCCCCCCAGUUACAAUCGAGUGAAGAAGAGUAAUAAUCCCAAUUGAAAAAUAUAUAUGAAAUACCAGUGAAAAAAAAACCAACCAAUUGGAUUAUCUUUCAUGGAUAUCUGUGGAUUAGUAGCUGAAUUGGCGCACUAUAUAGAUGCAUAUGCUUUCGAUUGUUCAGAGUAUUAAAUGAGGAGGAAGGCCCGCGAAGAUGUAUUUUGAGCGCAAGCAGGUGCGCAAAAAAUAAUAGAAAAAAACUACCCAAAAGUACAGCAAGAGCAAAAAGGAGCGAAGAAAGCCUGAAACUCCAAACCCCACUGAGUCGGGCAGUCGCACACCACCAAAACAGCAGCGGGUAGAAGGAGAACUCGAACUGGGAACACUCCUGCCUGAAAGGAGCUGCAGAAGAAGAAGAAGGCCAAGCCUUUCUCUCCUUUCUUUUGGACCAUUUGCCAGGGACAAGUCGCUUGUCCCCAGCCAGCGAGAGCGUGCAAGGAUAACGGCCACAAAACGGCGACCGUCGGCUACCAAACGAUGAUGAAACGACGCUGGUCGAACAACGGGGGCUUCCUGCGCGUGCCGGAGGAGUCUUCCUCGGAGGUGACCUCCUCCUCCAACGGCCUCGUGCUGCCCGGCGUCAACAUGUCCCCCUCAUCCCUGGAUUCGCACGACUACUGCGACCAGGAUCUCUGGCUAUGCGGCAACGAUACCGGCCCCUACGGCAACAGUAACGGCAGCGGUGUCGGUGUCGGUGUUGGUGUCGCCCAGCAGCUGCAACAACAGCAGCAGCAGCAGCAACAGCAACAACAACAACAACAACAACAACAGCAGAGCGUCAUCGCCCUGGCGAUGCACGGCUGCUCCAGCACCCUGCCCGCCCAGACCACCAUCAUCCCCAUCAACAAUGGCUCCAGCAAUGGCUCCAAUGGGAAUGGCCACUACGUUCCGGGUGCCACCAAUCUGGGCGCCCUGGCCAACGGACUCGGCCUGGUCAAUGGCGGAGGGCUGCUCAACGGAAUGCAGCAGCAGCAGCAGCAACAGCAGCAACAACAGCAGCAGCAGCAGCAGAUGCAGAAUGGACACGGUCUCAUCAAUUCCACAACGCCCUCGACCACGACCCCGCUGCACUUGCAACAGAACGGACUGGGUGGCGGAGGCGGAGGCGUCAAUGGCAUGGGCCUCAAUUCGCAUCUGCACACAAAUGGCAAUUCGAAUGGCCUCCUCGGAGGCGGCAACAUCGGUGGCGGCGGCAUCGUUGGAGUAGGAGUAGGAGGCGGAGCAGGUGUCGGUGUCGGUGUCGGUGGCAUGGGUAUGGCCAUGCAGCACACACCGCGCAGUGAUUCAGCAAAUUCCAUUUCAUCAGGUCGCGAUGAUCUCUCGCCCUCGAGCAGCCUGAACGGAUAUUCGGCGAACGAGGGCUGCGAUGCCAAGAAGAGCAAGAAGGGGCCGGCGCCGCGGGUGCAGGAGGAGCUGUGCCUCGUUUGCGGGGACAGGGCCUCCGGCUACCACUACAAUGCCCUCACCUGCGAGGGCUGCAAGGGCUUCUUCCGGCGCAGCGUCACCAAGAGCGCCGUAUACUGCUGCAAGUUUGGAAGGGCGUGCGAGAUGGACAUGUACAUGAGGAGGAAGUGCCAGGAGUGCCGCCUGAAGAAGUGCCUGGCGGUGGGCAUGCGGCCGGAGUGCGUGGUGCCGGAGAACCAGUGCGCGAUGAAGCGGCGCGAGAAGAAGGCCCAGAAGGAGAAGGACAAGAUGACCACCUCCCCCAGCUCCCAGCACGGCGGCAAUGGCGGCGCCAGUAGUGUGGGUGGCGGCUCCAGUCUCGGCGGCGGCAGCGUCGUUGGCACCCACGACUACGUGAAGAAGGAGAUUCUCGAUCUGAUGACAUGCGAGGCGCCGCAGCAUGCCACAAUUCCGCUACUACCUGAUGAUAUUUUGGCCAAGUGUCAAGCGCGCAAUAUACCUCCACUAACGUACAAUCAGUUGGCCGUUAUAUAUAAGCUAAUUUGGUAUCAGGAUGGCUACGAGCAGCCGUCCGAAGAGGAUCUCAGGCGUAUAAUGAGCACCCCGGAUGAGAACGAGAGCCAGACGGAUGUCAGCUUUCGACACAUCACCGAGAUAACCAUACUCACGGUUCAGUUGAUUGUUGAGUUUGCUAAAGGUCUACCAGCGUUUACAAAGAUACCCCAGGAGGAUCAGAUCACGUUACUGAAGGCCUGCUCAUCGGAGGUCAUGAUGUUGCGCAUGGCGCGGCGCUACGAUCACAAUUCGGACUCGAUAUUCUUUGCGAAUAAUCGAUCCUACACGCGGGACUCGUACAAAAUGGCCGGAAUGGCGGACAACAUUGAGGACCUGCUGCACUUCUGCCGCCAGAUGUUCUCGAUGAAGGUGGACAACGUCGAGUACGCGCUACUCACUGCCAUUGUGAUCUUCUCGGACCGGCCGGGCCUUGAGAAGGCCCAGCUGGUGGAGGCGAUACAGAGCUACUACAUCGACACGCUACGCAUUUAUAUACUCAACCGCCACUGCGGCGACACCAUGAGCCUCGUCUUCUACGCCAAGCUCCUCUCCAUUCUUACCGAGCUGCGCACCCUGGGCAACCAGAACGCCGAGAUGUGCUUCUCGCUGAAGCUCAAGAACCGCAAGCUGCCCAAGUUCCUCGAAGAGAUCUGGGACGUCCACGCCAUCCCGCCCCAGGUGCAGUCGCACCUGCAAAUCCAGCAGGAGGAAAACGAGCGCUUGGAGCGCUUGGAGCGCGCGGAACGCAUGGAUCGGGCGGAACGCAUGCGCGGUGCCGUUGGCGGUGCCAUUACCGCGGGACUAGAUGCCGACUCCGCUUCCACCUCACAGGCGGCGGCUGCGGCGGCCGCCCACCACCAGCAUCAGAUCCAUCCGCUGCCCACUCACACGGUGCCGCUGCCGCUGCCCCAGCCCCAGCCUCUGUCUCUGCCUCAGCCUCUGCCCUUACCCUCCGCCCCAGUCGCCGUUUCUGUUCCCGCCACUGCCUCUGUUUCCGUUUCCGUUUCCGGCUCUGGAUCCAGUUCCGGAUCCGUGUCGGCCGUGAGCACCAGCAGCGAUUACAUCGGCGGCGUUGGUGGUGGCGGAGCCAUGGGCCCCACCACAGCGGCAGCCACAUCCUCCACCAGCAUCACGGCGGCGGUGCCCGCCAGCUCCACUACGGCGACGCCGGGCAACGGGGCUGCGCCCGUCAGCAUGUACGCGAAUGCGCAGACGGCCAUGGCACUGAUGGGCGUGCCGCUGCACCCGCAUCAGGAGCAGCUGAUCGCCGGCGUGGCGGUCAAGUCAGAGCACUCGACGACGGCAUAGCCCCUGCCCCACCAUCAGCAGCACCACCACACCAUCCUGCAUGAGGUGGGUGGGGUCCUGCUCGACUAGGACUAGGACUAUGAGAAGGAGAAGGAAAGG